AUGUCCACCAACAUGGACCAACCUGAACUUCUGGAGAUCACGCCGGAGAUCAAUGAUUUUGGCCGCUCACAAGGCCUGUCGAGACCCACGGCUGCCACCGCAGCUACUGGUGAGAAGGCGAGGUUCAUGGAUACAGAAAAUGCUCUGGAGUCUGCUUCUACACCUCGUAACAUGUCUCGGACUCCUCGUCUCAACGGCCACAUGCAGCAGCCUGCACACAGCAAACAUACCCUGAGCCAGGUUACAGUCGUCCUGGAGCCGUUAGAGCAUCCUCCAACACUGGCCGAUUCACAAGAGAUUGCUCUCCCUCAGAUUCCCUUUGCCUCAAGAGUCAACGGCAACCUCGACUCGUGGCUCUCCACACCGGCACAACAUGACGUUGCUGUUCGACGAUGUCCGGAGCCCCGCCCCCGUCUCCCGAUCCCUGAGCCGAUUAUCCAGCUUCCAGCAGCAGAUUACCUCGUCAGCGUCGUCAUCGCCGUCGUCGGCAUGACAGAUUACAGUCACUGGACAACCUAUGGGCCGUGCUACGAGGAUGGCUCCAAAGUAGGAUUCGGCUGA